AUGUUAAUUGCAAAAGAGGGAAAAUCAUUUACAGACGCAGGAUUUGUCAUGGCCGGUAAUAUUUGUCCAGAUAUUGUACAUAAGUAUGAAGAAGUCCCAUUACCUGCUCGUACAAUAACAAGACGUAUUGAAGAUGUUGGUGACAAUUUCUUAAAUCAACUGAUAAAAAAAACCAAAACAUUUCAAUAUUUUUCGUUAGCAUUUGAUGAAAGUACAGAUAUUGUUGGCUCUGCACAGUUAAUUGUAUUUAUUCAAGGAAUUAAUGAAAAGUUUGAAAUAACUGAAGAAAUUCCCGCCGUCUGUAUUUUGAAGCGGACGACGCGAGGUGAAGAUAAUUUUUUACACGUUCAAAACAUUAUAAUAUCUUCAUUAGAUCUUCAAUUACAUAAACUAGUUAGCGUAACCACUAACGGAGCGAGAAAUAUGACGGGCAAAAAUAUUGGAUUUCAGGCUAAUUAA